AUGGCCUCUGCUUCCGACAACGAACUCAUCACCCCAGCCUCGAAUGGGGACCUGAGCCAGUUGGAGACUAUCCUUUCAAAAUAUAAAGAGUCCCCACCAGAUGAGACCGUGCAAGAGCUUCUCGCAACAGCCGCAAAAGAAUCCCACCCCGACGUCGUCAAUUUUCUUUUGACCAAGUACGCUUCAGUUCCUCUAAACGAGGCAAUCGUCAGAAGUGCAGUCAACUCAGGUUCAAUUCCGAUUAUGGAAGCUCUACUGGCGCGAGACCCUUCGGCAAUCAACAUGCCGUUCGACCAUUAUGGUUCGCCCCUCAUCGUGGCCUGCAUGAGAAAGAAAAAUAUAGACUAUCUUCAAUUUCUUCUUAAAGCCGGGGCUGACCCCAAUCAAGACCCGGAUGCAGCAGCCUUCCCUCUGGCCAUAGUCGCUGCACUUUACAAGGACCCUGCCGUGAUUGACAUGCUGCUGCACCAUGACGCUAAGCUCGAGCGGUCAGGCGCUUUGGGAGCUUCUGCUCGACUGGGAAAUGAAGUUAUGAUGGCUCGUUUGCUUGAACGCGGGGCAAGGCCCGAAACAGAUGCUGUCCGUCCGUCUGAGCGUGGAUCGCCUCUUCAUACGGCUGUUGAGGCUGGACAUGUCGGCGUUACCAAGAUGCUUCUACAGCAUGGCGCUGAUCCUAAAGCUUUAGAUGGAAAUGGUAUGAUUGCUGUUGAAGUCGCUAAGAAGAUGCAAGAGAAAGGCAAAGACAUGUCACAGAUAUUGGAGUUGCUUGAGUAG